AUGAAGCGAAACUCUUAUCAACUGACAAGUGCAAGUGGUAAACGACAAUCAAAUGCCUUGUCUGUUUUUGUCGUUGCACCACAAAAAAAUGGGCGUCGCAUGAGUAUGUUCAUGAAUGCUCAACGUCGAUCAUCUCUCAUAUCGCAGAUAUCUUUGCCUCACAGUGCAGAAUAUCAUCCACAACAACGAUUACCACCCAAUGGUCUCGAAUACCAACAAAAUAUCCUGCUGACGAACAUAACAACAGCAAUCAAAGAUAAUCCUACACUUGUUCAGUUUAAGUCAACUAAGAAAGCCAAUUCAUCCAAAAAUCUACCCUCAGCUCAUACAAGUGAUGUUGUUGAUCAUGAGCAAAAACCUGGUGAUGAUGAAAACUCAUUAGGCAGUUGA